AGUAGUGAAAGAAAGAAAAACUUGAAAGCUCUUCACAUGGAGAGCUUGACGGAGGAGCUCUUUCCCUACAGAAUCUUAGGCGAAGAAAGCGGAAGCAAUUCUGGUUCUAAUGAGAGUGGCAAUCCAACCGACGCUGUCAUUUUUGUCGCUAUAAGUUUGGUGCUUGGAAUUGCUUCCCGGCAUUUAUUGCGUGGAACCAGAGUUCCUUACACCGUCGCUCUUCUCGUAAUCGGAAUUGCUCUCGGCUCUCUAGAGUAUGGAACAAGUCAUAGACUGGGGAAGAUUGGCGAUGGAAUUCGUCUUUGGUCAACUAUUGAUCCUGACCUUCUAUUGGCUGUUUUUCUUCCUGCUCUUCUUUUUGAGAGUUCAUUCGCCAUGGAGUUGCACCAAAUAAAGAGGUGUAUGGCACAAAUGCUUCUUCUAGCAGGUCCAGGAGUUCUGAUCUCAACCUUUCUUCUUGGAUCUGCUUUGAAGUUCACUUUUCCAUAUAACUGGAGCUGGAAAACAUCAUUGUUGCUUGGGGGACUUUUGAGUGCUACCGAUCCUGUGGCUGUUGUUGCUCUACUGAAAGAGCUUGGUGCUAGCAAAAAACUGAGUACAAUAAUUGAAGGAGAAUCCUUGAUGAAUGAUGGGACAGCGAUUGUGGUUUAUCAACUAUUCUAUCAAAUGGUCCUUGGAAAGAGCUUUACUUGGGAUGCCAUAGUCAAAUUUCUGGCUCAGGUCUCACUUGGAGCUGUAGCCAUGGGUCUUGCUUUCGGGUUUGUAUCUGUUUUGUGGCUUGGAUUUAUCUUCAAUGACACAGUGAUAGAGAUUACAUUGACACUUGCUGUGAGCUACAUUGCUUACUUCACUGCUCAGGAAGGUGCUGAAAUUUCUGGUGUGCUGACAGUAAUGACUCUAGGAAUGUUUUAUGCUGCAUUUGCCAGGACAGCUUUCAAGGGUGAAAGUCAACAAAGCUUGCAUUACUUUUGGGAAAUGGUUGCUUAUAUUGCCAAUACGCUAAUUUUCACCUUGAGUGGUGUUGUUAUUGCUGAAGGAAUUCUAGGCAGUGACAGUGUCUUUGACCAUGGAUAUUCAUGGGGCUAUUUAAUUCUUCUAUAUGUUUUUGUGCAAGUUUCACGGUGUGUUGUUGUUGGAAUACUGUAUCCUUUUUUGCGAUAUUUUGGCUAUGGUUUGGAUUGGAAAGAAGCUGCUAUUCUCAUAUGGUCAGGCUUGCGAGGGGCUGUUGCGCUGUCACUUUCACUAUCUGUUAAGCGUUCUAGUGAUAGCUCUCCACUUAUCACAUCUGAAACGGGAGUCUUGUUUGUCUUCUUUACUGGUGGCAUUGUAUUUUUGACGCUCAUUGUGAAUGGAUCAACUACGCAAUAUAUUUUACAUUUUUUAGGGAUGGAUAAGCUAUCAACUGCGAAGAAGCGUAUACUAGACUACACAAAGUAUGAAAUGUUGAACAAAGCAGUAGAGGCAUUUGGUGAUCUAGGAGAGGAUGAGGAAUUAGGACCUACUGACUGGCCUACAGUUAAAAGAUAUAUUAGAAGCUUAGAUAAUUUGGAAGAGCGACAAGUGCACCCUCACAGUCCAUCUAAAAGUGAUGGUCAUCUAGACCCCACAAAUUUGAAAGAUAUACGCAUACGUAUUUUGAAUGGUGUCCAAGCUGCUUACUGGGAAAUGCUUGACGAGGGAAGGAUAAUGCAAUCUGCUGCUAAUCUUUUAAUGCAAUCAGUCGAAGAAGCAAUUGAUUUGGCAUCUAAUGAGCCUUUAUGUGAUUGGAAUGGUUUGAAAGCUAAUGUUCAUUUCCCAAAUUAUUACAAGGUCCUUCAAUCAGGAGUUUUUCCACAAAAAGUGGUUACAUAUUUCACUGUGGGAAGGUUGGAAUUUGGCUGUUACAUAUGUGCCGCAUUUCUUCGUGCUCAUAGAAUUGCACGGCAGCAAUUGCAUGACUUUAUAGGUGACAGUGAUAUUGCUUCUGUUGUCAUCGAAGAAAGCAAGGUGGAAGGGGAAGAAGCAAGAAAGUUCUUGGAAGAUGUCCGUGUAACAUUUCCUCAGGUUUUGCACGUUGUAAAGACAAGACAAGCAACACAUUCAGUGCUGAAACAUUUAAUUGAGUAUGUCCAAAAUCUUGAGAAGGUUGGAUUGUUGGAAGAAAAAGAAAUGCUUCAUCUUCAUGAUGCUGUCCAGACUGACUUGAAAAGGCUUCUAAGGAAUCCUCCUUUGGUGAAGUUCCCAAAAAUAAGUGAUUUGAUUAGUGUCCAUCCUUUACUGGCGGCCCUUCCUUCUAAUGUUUGUGAACCACUUGAACUUUCCACCAAAGAAAUCAUGAAACCCUGUGGCAUAACACUUUAUAAGGAGGGUUCUCGGCCAAAUGGUGUCUGGCUUAUCUCUAAUGGUGUUGUUAAGUGGACAAGUAAGAGCAUUAGAAACAAGCUCUCAUUGCAUCCAGUAUUUACUCAUGGGAGUACUUUGGGCCUGUAUGAAGUACUAAUUGGAAAGCCUUACAUAUGUGACAUUGUCACAGAUUCAUUUGUACUCUGCUUCUUUAUUGAAAGUGAAAAAAUACUUUCAGUACUAAGGUCAGAUCCUGCAGUAGAAGAUUUCCUGUGGCAGGAAAGUGCUAUAAUUCUUGCCAGGAUAUUGCUUCCUCAAAUAUUUGAAAAGCUGACACUGCAAGACUUGAGAGCUCUUGUUGCAGAGAGGUCAAGUAUGGCUACAUACAUAAGAGGAGAAAUUAUAGAAAUACCUUACCGUUCCAUUGGCUUCCUGUUGGAAGGAUUCAUAAAAACCGAUGGUGUCGAAGAAAAACUUAUUACAUCACCUGCAGCUCUGUUUCCUUCACAAGGAAAUCAAAGCUUUCAAAGUGCAGAAACAUCUGGUAUCAAGAUGGUUAGUUUUUCUCAUCAAGGAUCUUGCUAUCAAGUUGAGUCGAGAGCAAGAGUUGUUAUUUUUGACAUUGCAGCAUUUGAAGCUGACAGUGCUCUCCUCAGAAGGAAAUCCUCAUUGUUAUCACAUUCAAGUGAUCAACCACAUACAUCCUUAAGUAGAGAACAUGGUGGUCUAAUGAGUUGGCCUGAAAAUUUAAAGGCAUGCCAACGUAAGCUGAGCUCUCUAGAGACUAAUCGUAAUGCAAACAGCUUUUCAGCAAAAGCAAGGGAUGUGAGCAUCUUUGGCGGCACGGCUGGCAUUCCAAGUCGUGCGCGAAGUUUUUCAAGUGGUAUUGGAGUCAAGCUAUCACAUAACCUGUCCUAUUCAAGAGUUCCAUCCCAUUCUGCCUAUCAACUACCAUCUGUUAAAUCAGAAGGGCCUGCUACUGCAAGAAAGAAACUGGAAAUGAGGAAGUCCACUGGGGAGAUUCCCGCAGACACAACUGAGAGUCAUGUGAUAGAUUAUUCUAGUGAUGACUCGGGCACAGAAGAUGAAGUCAUAGUGAGAAUCGAUUCACCAAGCAGGCUGUCUUUUCGGCAUGCCUCUUGAAAGCUUGGUUGUUGUGAGAUUGUAUAAAGUUGUAGUUGUCUUUGUAUUAUUGAAUCUGUUUGUAUGUUAAGUGUGGUUUAUAUAUAGAUGAUCUAUGAGCAAGUAGCAUAAUAAAGUGGGUUAGUUGCUGUGUGGAGUUAAUGUUGAAUCAGUUCAGUUGUACAUUUCCCUUGUUCAUGGAAGAUAGAUAUGGUCCUUUUUGGAGAAUGCAGGUUGCGUAGACCGCUUUUUCGGGGAGUGACUAUUGAAUUCUUUUGUUAAGAUCCCUUACUUUUGAAAAAGCAUCACAAAACGCCCCGAAUGUUCA